UUCCUCCCUUCCUGAGAAGCACCUCCUUCUUCCAAAGGGCUGCCUGGAACAGUUUCAAUUCACCACUCUUUGCCACUCCUCGGCUGCACCAGUUUGCCAAGUGGAAAGAAGACCAUGGGCAGUGCUCUACAAGGUGUGCAAAUCCCAUUUCCCCAGGGAUGUUAUGAGCUCGGAGAAGCACUGGCCCUGAAGGGACUACAAGAAGAACCUAAAGAAACUAAGUAAGUAGCUCCCAGGUGACUGAGAGGAUAUGUGACCACUACAGGCUUGGCCAGACCACCACCAAGUGCUCUGCAAACCGUUCUUCCUGGCUUGAAAAUCAUCCGUGUGAAGGCACGAGCAUAACCCUGAGAAUCCAGGGCUCUGGAGCUCUAAUUCUGACUCACCACUUGUUUCUCUUUCAGUUUCCUCCCUAUAUAAGUGAGGAAGAUUAAAUUUAUUCUUGCUUCUCAAGGGAGCUGGAAGGAAUCAUCAUUGUUUAUACUUCUUUUUAAGCACGCAGCGUGUAAACACUUCGGCUCAGUUAAGCUGCUCGAAACUCAGUGCCGCUGAUUUUCUCAACGUUUCCUCCCAUUUGAUACACAUUCUUUGCCAUGAGGCCCUACAGCUGAGCCCAUGAGUCCAGACAGAAACUGGAAAACACAAUGGCACCUUCCAAGGACAUUACAGACUAAAGCUUCGUGCUUAAACCCAGGCACACGAGUCACUCACAUGUACAGUAUUACGUUCAUGCGUGUUUGCAUGACCAGGCCUUACUAAAAAGCAAAACUAAUCAGCAACAGAUAUGAGGAAAAAUGUGCAAGAGAGCAGCUCCAAAGAAGGCAAAGUUGACAACUGUUUUUAGCUUUUAAAGUGUCUGACUUGCAUGGAGGGUCACAACCAUGGAAAGGUUUGUUUUCAAGGCAAGGCCACACACCAACCUUCUUUCUCUCCAGCUUAUGGGUGCAGAGGUGAGGACUCAUUUUGCACCCGCUGGGAUGUGGGAUUCAGGCAUCGGGAGCCACUCUCCGUGAAGCUGAGAAAGAGCUGACCACCUCCACAUGCUUUCCCAUGCUGCCUCCAGCCCCCAUAGGCACACAGAAUCACAGAAUCAAUCGUGGUUUGGGUGGGAAGAGACCUAAAGCUCAGCUAGUCCAGCCACCCUGCAGUGAUCAGGGACAUCUUCAAAUUGAUCAGGUUGCUCAGAGCCCCAUCCCGUGCUUCCAAGCCCCUGCAUCAGAAACCAGUGAUUUGAAGUUGGAUCUCUCUAAGUAUCUACAUCAUCAUGUUUUGGUGGGGCUUCCACAGUCAUUUCUACUGAAUCUCUUCUACCUAGUGUGGGGGUUUGAGGGACUUGAGACAACCAGAGCACAGGAAUGUAACUGCCAAGCCAAUGAGUCAGAUGCUCAGCUGAAAAGUGGGAAACCUGCAGAUAAGCUGUCGGGUUUUUAGUUAUAGAAUCAUAGACUGGGUUGAGGUGGAAAGGACCAUUAAAGGUUACCUAGCUCACAACCCCCUGCAGUGAGUGGGGACGUCUUCAACUAGACCAGGUUACUCCGAGCGCCAGGGAAGCUGACUUGGAAAGUCGCCAGGGAUGCGGCUUCUACCACCUCUCUGGGCAACCUGUUCCAGGGUUUCACCACCUUCAGUGCAGAAAAGCAGUCUCUUCUCUCUAGUCUACAUCUCCGUCUUUUAGUUUAAAGCCAUUCACCGUUGUCCCGUCCAGUAGCAUCCCACCCACCACCGGGUCGCGCUGAACGCGGGGGGCUGCCCAGCUGCCCUCUCCGAAACUCAGCGCUCGCUGUCCCCCGCCCCCUCCAGCCCCGCCGAGGGUCCCGCCGGGCCCCGGGCGCCCCUUCCAUUGUCGUGGGAGCGGUGUCCUGCGGGGGCCACCCCCCAUUCCCCGCCCCGGGACGAGUCCCCACCUCCCGACCCCUCCUCCUCCUCCUGCUCCAAGGAGAAAUAUGAAGCGGAGCCGCCGCUGCGCUCCGCGGAGACGGCAAGGGACGGAGCGGCGGCGGCGGAGCGGACACCCUCAGGGAGUGACGGAACCGCGGCGGGGUGGAGUGCGAGGCGGGAGCCUUGAGGAGCGGGGCCAGGCCGCCGGAGGGUGCCCAUCGGUCCCCUGCCCCCGCCAGCCGCCUGCUCCCCAGCGCCGGGCCGUGGGCUGCCCGCGGCGGCGCUGAGGCGCGGGCGGCGCGGCGGGAAGUGGCGGCGGCGGCGGCCGGAGCGAAGGAGCCGAGAAGGGAGCGUUGUGAGGCGGAGAGAUGUCCGUCCCGUACAGCAGCCUGAUGAGAUACCUGUUCCCAGCCCUGCUCUUGCAUGGGCUGGGAGAAGGUUCUGCCUUUCUGCACCCAGACAGCAGGUCCCACCCUUGGUCCUUGGAGAAGAAUGCAUGGAGGGCUUUCAAGGAGUCACAGUGUCACCAUAUGCUGAAACACCUGCACAAUGGAGCCCGCAUCACUGUGCAGAUGCCUCCCAACAUCGAGGGCCACUGGGUCUCUACUGGCUGUGAAGUCAGAGCGGGCCCAGAGUUCAUCAUCAGAUCUUACAGGUUCUACCACAACAAUACCUUUAAGGCCUAUCAGUUUUAUUACGGCGGCAAUCGCUGCACCGACCCCAUCUACACCUUAGUCAUCCGCGGCAAGAUCCGUCUCCGCCAGGCCUCCUGGAUCAUCCGGGGCGGCACCGAAGCCGACUACCAGCUACGCAACAUCCAGAUCAUCUGCCACAACAAAGAGGUGGCCAAAAGAUUCAGCGAGCUGGUGAACCACACCUGCCCUGGAUUUGUAGCAGAGGACAGUCCCUGGGAGCAGGACGUGAGCUACGACUUGCUGAGGGAAGAGAACGGCUGCGAGUGCACCAAAGCGCUCAACUUCGCCAUGCACGAACUCCAGCUGAUCCGUGUGGAGAAGCAGUACCUGCACCACAACUUGGACCACCUGGUAGAGGAGCUAUUUCUUGGAGACAUUCACACUGAUGCUACUCAGAGGAGAUACUAUCGGCCCUCUAGUUACCAACCUCCUCUUCAGAACACCAAAAAGCAAGACCACAGCUGCGUCGCCUGCAGGAUCAUCUACAGGUCGGAUGAGCAGCACCCUCCCAUCCUGCCCCCCAAGGCAGACCUGAUGAUCGGGCUGCACGGCGAGUGGGUGAGCGAGCGCUGCGAGGUGCGCCCGGAGGUGCUCUUCCUCACGCGGCACUUCAUCUUCCACGACAACAACAACACCUGGGAGGGGCACUACUACCACUACUCCGACCCCAUCUGCAAGCACCCUACCUUCACCAUCUACGCCAAGGGGCGCUACAGCCGCGGGGUGCACUCGGCCAAAGUGAUGGGUGGCACCGAGUUCGUCUUCAAAGUGAACCACAUGAAGGUCACCCCCAUGGACAUCUCCACCGCCUCGCUGCUCAACGUCUUCAACGGGAACGAGUGUGGGGCGCAGGGCUCGUGGCAGGUGGGGGUUCAGCAGGACGUCACCCACACCAACGGCUGCAUGGCGCUGGGCAUCCGCCUGCCCCACACCGAGUACGAGAUCUUCAAGAUGGAGCAGGACAGCCGGGGCAGGUACCUGCUGUACAACGGCCAGCGGCCCAGCGACGGCUCCAGCCCCGACCGGCCCGAGAAGAGAGCCACCUCCUACCAGAUGCCCUUAGUGCAGUGUGCUUCCUCAGCACCCAGGCCUGACGAGGCCCCGGAGGAGAGCAAGGUCAGGCUGUACAGCAGCGGGGCGCCAGCAGAGCGGCCCAGCAGCCCAGCACUCGCCCUGCUGCUCGCCCUUUGUACUCUGUCCUCCUGGCACCUUCUCAGCUAGAAAUGAGCAAAACCAAAAAAGAAAACCCCACCAAACGACAAACCCACCUUAUUUUGUUUCAUGACUACGAAGCCAAGGAUCCCACCCAGACUGGGGGUUGUUUUUCUUCUCCAAGAAAGGGACAUUUAUUUUCUUGAUGCACUUGAAUUGCCUGAGAACUGUUGUUCUGCUCCUUACUUCCACGGCCCCCUCCCCUCUCCUCCUCGAAUCCCCAACAGCACUCAUUUGAUGUCUGUGCUUUGAACUUCAUCCAGUCUGAUCCCUGGCCUGACGUGACUGCACAAAAGUAAUUGCACUUUAGGACCGCAGAGAAUAUUUUUUGGGGAGGG